AUGUUAAUUCGAUUAAAAAAUAUCAUGUGCCUUUUACCACUUGUUGCUGUAAAUGCUGAUGAUGAUUGUGUUGAUGAUGAUGAUGCUCUUCAUGCUGCUGACUCUGCUGAUGCUCUUGACGUUGCUGAUAUUCUUGAUGUUGUUGAUACCCUUCAUGCUGUUGAUGUUCUUGGUGCUCUUGUUCCUGAUUUUCUCGAUAUUCUUGAUUCUGCUGACGCUCUUGAUGUUGCUGCUCCUGACUCUGUUGAUGUUGUUGGUGUUGUUGAUAGUGAUGAUAUUGUUGUUGUUGCUGUUGAUCCUGCUGUUUAUCUUGCUGUUGCUGGAACUGUUGAUGUUGAUGAUGCUGAUAUUGUUGAUGCUGGUUUUGGUGUUGCUGUCGCUGGUGUUGUUGAUGCUGCUGCUGACGUUGCUCAUGAUAUUGGUGAUGCUGAUGGUGCUGGUGAUGCUGGUGAUGAUGGUGAUGAUGCUGAUGAUGCUGAUGAUGAUGAAGAUGUUGCUGCUGUAGUAGUAUUUGUUGCUGCUGUUGUAAAUGCUGCUGUUGUCGUUGUUGUUGCUGAUGCUGUCGUUGCUGAAGAUGUUGCUGCUGCAAUUGAUGAUGCAGAUGCUGAUGCUGCUGCGGAUGAUGAUGGUGAUGCUGCUGUAGUUGUUGUUGCUGAAGUCGUUGUUGCUGAUGCUGUCGUUGUUGUUGCUGAUGUCGUACCUGCCUUUGCUGUUGCUCUUGUUGUUCUUGUUGCUGUUGGAGAGAAACCCUCUGCGCAUGCGGAACAACAUAAGUUCCAGGAUUAUUCAUCUUAA